AUGGUGGAGAGAAAUGUGCUACUGAAGGGCCUGCAGCAUCCCUUCCUCAUGGGACUCCAGUUCUCCUUCCAGACGACCCACCGGCUUUACUUUGUCCUUGAGUACGUGGUUCCUUGUGUGUGGCUCUUCUGCCACCUGCAGAUGGACAGGAGCUUCCCAGAGCCCAGCGCUGCGUUCUAUGCAGCUGAGAUUGCCACAGCACUGGGCAACCUGCACUCCCUAGAGGUCGUCUACAGAGACAUGAAACCAGAGAACAUACUGCUGGACCGGGGGGGGCAUGUCACGCUGACAGACUUAGGGCUGUGCGAAGAGGGCAUGGACAUGGACGGUACGAUGCACAUCUUCUGCGGGACCCCUGAGUACCUGGCCACGGAGAUCCUGAGGGCCACACCUAACAGCCCCGCGGUGGACAGGUGGGGCCUGGGCACCGUGCUGUUUGAGACGCUUCAUGGACUGCCCCAUUCUACAGCUGCAGCAGAGCGGAGACGUUCAACAGAUCAUCAACGCCCCUCUGAAGCUGGCCGCUGCUGUGUCUUCUGCAGCCCAGUCUCUGCUGACGGGACUGCUGGAAAGAGGCUGCUCCAAACGUUUAGGGUGGAUUCAUGACUUUGAGGAAAUGCAGGAUCAUGCAUUCUUUGUGUCUAUCAACUGAGAGGACCUCAUCGCCCGGAGGAUCCCUCCUCCUUUCAUUCCUGAUGUGGCCAGACCCUGCGAUGUCUGCUAUGUGGAUUCAUAGUUUACGUUACAACCCAUCCCAGCCUCUCUAGGUGGGAGUGAUAAGUGGCAGGGGGGCGGGGCUAAUGAGACCUUCCUAGGAUUCACUUACAUGUCCCCGUGGAGUGUGAGGAGGCAGAGGCGCUUACAUAGGCUUCCAGAUGCUUCAAUCAAACGGCUCCUCAACACUGGUCUCAGCAGACAGGAUGAAUAUUCAUUUGUUUCAUUGCAAAUGUAUUUCUUCCUUUGUUCAUGUUGAGAGUAUUACGUUGAUAACAUAAUGAAAGAAAACUGUAAAAUUGUUAUUGAAAGGAUUGAAUCAACGUGCUAGUUAGUAACCAUUUGAGCAAACUCUUUUAGUUAGACUAUAUUCAGAUUGUUGAGGUCGGAACACAUUGCCUGUUUUUUACCCUCUACCAUCCUUCAAUCGACAAAAGACAAUAAAGACUUUUUAAAAAUAUUCAUAAAGGUUUAUUUUAAUUAUAUAUAUAUACACAAAUUAAUUUUAUUGCAACAUCCACUUCUUCCAAGUAGUCCAACAUUUGGCCUACGUUGGUUCUCUGCUUCAUACUCAUAUUUCCUACUGGGCCCCCCAUGCUAGGA